UCGGCGACCAGCGCACGCAGCGAACUGCUCGAGAAAGCAAAGCACAGCCGCACGCCAUUACAAAUCCUCCCCGAGCCCCGAGCCGUACCCUACUCAACCCAACCACCACCUUCCCCUGCUCCUCCGCGGAUCCUCGUGCGCCCUGAAGGCCUGAACUCGCCGUUUCGUCCCCGGUCUGGUUGUUUUUCUCCCGGCGCCGCGCCAUGGAGGAGGGGAGGAGAGAGGCGAGGACGGUGCGGGUGCGGAACAUAUCAGAUCUGGCCGGGGAGCGCGAGGUGCGCGAGUUCUUCUCCUUCUCCGGCGAAAUCGAGCACGUCGACAUCAGAUUUGACGGGGUGGCGACGGGGAGGACGGCCUAUGUCACAUUCAAGGAACCCAAAGCCCUAGAGAUUGCGCUGCUGCUCUCGGGAGCAACAAUCGUGGACCGAGUUGUGAACAUAACCUCUGCUGAAGAUUACAUCUACCUCCCUGUUAAUGAACAGCAACUUGUGGUCAAUGAGGUGACAAGUACAGCUCCUACGGUAGAUUUGGAACAACCUAACGAGGCCAAUGCCAGCCCCACUAGUGGCCGUGUUUACGCCAGCAAGGCUCAUGAUGUGAUGACAACUGUGAUUGCAAGGAGUUCAGCAAUUCGACAAGAUGCUGUGAACAAAGCUAAAUCAUUUGACGAGAAACAUCAAUUAAGGGCUAACGCAUCGGCUAGGAUCAGUUCCUUUGACAGACGCGUUGGCCUUUCGGAGAAGUUAAAUACUGGGAUAUCUGUUGUAAAUGAAAAGGUCAAAACUGUGGACCAAAGGCUACAUGUUUCUGACAAAACAAUGGCUGCUUUGCUAGCUGCAGAGCGCAAGCUAAAUGAUACAGGCUCUGCUGUGAAAACCAACAGGUAUGUGUCUGCUGGAACAAGUUGGCUGAAUGGUGCCUUCAGCAAAGUCUCCAAGGCUGGUCACGUUGCUGGUUCAAGAACAAGAGAAAAGUUCCAAUUAGCUGUGUCAAAUAUAUCGGCCAAAGGACCUGCUGUCGUAGCUUGAGCUGGCUGUGGUUGGUUCUUGUGCUCCUCUUCCUGGUGAAAAUCUAUUGGAAACCAUGAGCAGCAAGCGCCUUUCAUCGAAUGCGCCGACAGGCCGUGGCUUGUAACUGUGUAUUUCCUGUUGUCUUUUUUUCCUUUGCCUUUUUUUCAGAGUCUUGUCAGAUUUGGUACAUAGAGGAUCUAAAUUUUAGAAUUUUAGUGCCACUAUUCUUUUUAGUGCCGAUGUUCAAUUGAUUAUAGGUGACAGCGGCAAUUUGGACCAUGUUCCUGACUUUGUGUGAUUUCUUGAUUGUCAGCGGUGUCUCAUGUGUCAUGACUAUGCUUGUGCCGAUAUUGUUACUCGAAUUGACUAAUUGAGUACUGUGGGACAUCGAGGUUGGAAUGCUUCCCUGACAUAGCAUUUGUGUUGAUGUUCGUUUGAAUUCUGAA